GUCAUCAUCAUGGAGAAGAUGCUGAUCCAGCCUUAAAAAAAACCAAACUAUUUUAAAAAAAUAUAUACAAAUUCUAUCUAUCUUAUCUGUCUCACGCAUCCCACAACGCAUUUACCAUAAGAAUUAAUGGAAAAACGUGAUAGGUUACUUGAUAUACCUUGUAGAGUCUGCGGUGAUAGAAGCUCUGGAAAACAUUACGGAAUUUACAGUUGUGACGGCUGUUCGGGUUUUUUCAAGAGAAGCAUCCAUAGAAAUCGUGUGUACACUUGUAAAGCUCAAGGAGAAUUAAAGGGCAAGUGCCCAGUUGAUAAAACUCAUCGAAACCAAUGCAGAUCGUGCAGACUGAAGAAAUGUUUCGAAGCUUCCAUGAACAAGGAAGCCGUGCAACACGAACGUGGGCCGAGGAAGCCCAAGAUGAAAGAUCCGAACGAGAUAAACAAACCGACACUAGUCACCCCGUUUCACUUCGCUCUCAACAAAGACACUACAUCCCCCUCGAAUCCGGCUACCAAUUCUGACGUCAUCUACAAGGAAUUAUCGUCCACGUCACCGGGUCUUUUGCAGAUGUUACUCAAUGCAGAAAAAUCUCAAGAAAGCAUGUGGAACUCCGGUAGGCGUGUCAAUUUUCAUACAUCACCAAUCAUCUGUCCGUCCUUGCUGACUCCGCCGUACGUAGGAAGAGACGGAUAUCCUAACAUCUCUGAUUGGAGGACUGUUAUCACCGGAGGCGUGGCAUUGUCGGCAGGAGUUGGCCAUUGGGAAUCGUUACAAGAAAUUACUGCGCGAUUACUUUUUAUGGUAGUUCGUUGGGUCAAAUGUCUGCCUACCUUUCAAACAUUAUCCAAGUGUGAUCAGGUGACACUACUGGAAGAAUGUUGGAAAGAUUUAUUCCUUUUAAACAUGGCACAGUGUUCGGUGACACUUGAUUUAUUGAAUACGUUACCCACCUCCAAGAACAGCCAAGAGAGUAAAGAUAAUCAUCCCAUGGAUCGUCACUACAUUCAGGAAGUACUGAGAAGAUUCCGACAGCUAUCACCAGACUGUACAGAAUGCUGUUGUUUAAAAGCAGUAGUACUCUUCAGACCAGAAACGGUGGGAGUUUGUGACGUUCAUCCGGUGGAGAUGCUACAAGAUCAAGCACAAUGCAUAUUAGGGGAUUACAUACGCCAGAAGUAUCCCAGACAGCCUACACGUUUCGGUCGUUUAUUGCUGUUGAUCCCGUGUUUAAGAUCAGUGACGUGCAGCGGAAUCGAAAAUCUCUUUUUUAAGAAUAUUAUUGGUGAUAUUUCCAUCGAGAGAAUAUUAUCGGAUAUGUAUCAUAUCGAGAGAAUCGAAUGAGAUCUUUCACUCUUCAUAUUACCUCU